AUGGACUGCGACAUCUGCGGGAAAACCGGCGGCCCCAGCCAGCCUUUCCACUGCAUGACAUGCGCCCGCUCAUACCUCGAACAGCCCCGCAUCGAGCUCGCAAGGACGCUGAUAGACCGUGAUGGCGUCGAGAAGCAUGUCAAGGCAAUCAUAAACGGCUCCGAGGACCAGGCGAUACAGCACGUCUCGCUGGUGGACUCCAAGGGAGGACUUUUGGUCGAUAGGCAGGAAUGCACAAAUAAUCUAAACUGGGAAAGGACAAAGGCCGAGACGACAGAAAUACAGGAGCGAGUGAGGGAUAUAUCAGAGCAUACGAAUAGACUUCGCGAACAGAUCGAUGCCACACGAAAGCUACUCGAGGCGAAACGCGCAGCCAACGCGCAGCGAAAGUCGGACCUUUCUUCAGCCACAUAUGGGAUCGAGUCGCGACGGGCGAAUGAGUUGGAUAAAGUCCAGCAAAAGAUCAAGAGGCUGGACUACAAUGCGGACAAGAUGCAUCACGAUACGAUAGACUUGCGCAUGCAGCUGUGCACGACUGCUGCGAAGCUUGCGGGUCUAAAGAUGCAGCGGCGAAAGACCAGAGAUGGCAGCAUCAAGGAGGUCUUCAACAUUGGGCCCGGCUCACGCCUACGGAUACACGACCUCCGGGAUCUGAAUGAUGUACCUCCAGACGGCCUGUCUGCCUCACUGGCUGCUGUGGCUCAGCUUCUCGUCCGCGUUGCGGCCUACCUGGGGAUCCGUCUUCCGGCCGAAAUUACACUUCCCCAUAGUGAUUAUCCACAACCGACCAUCUUUAGUCCAGCAUCGUCGUACCAAGGAAAGAAGGUACCUUUUCCUGGGUCAACGCCUUCACAUUCAUCAAAUGCCAGCCCAGAGGCCUCUCGCACGCUUGAGGCACGCAUACACCUCCCUAAGCCCCGUACGCUGUUUGUCGAUCGACCUUUGAGCCAUCUCUCUGCCGAGGAUCCCCCUGCUUAUUCGUCGUUUAUCGAAGGUGUCUCGCUGCUGGCAUACAAUGUAGCGUGGCUCUGUCGGACUCAGGGUAUGAAGGACAGCUUCAAGCAGUGGGAAGAUACGUGUUCGAUGGGUCGCAAUCUGUACAGACUGCUUAUUGCGCAAGAGUCAUACAACGCACAGCGGCUGGAGAACGCAUUUGACAAGGAUAUCACGACAUCAAAGUCAUCCCGGUUUAUACUUCGAAAGACGCCUGUGGGGUUUGGGCAGCUGUCACAUGCAACAUCACAUUCCUACCUGGGCAUGGCGGAGAAUGCAAACUACAUUAGCGGAUGGGGCCUAUCGCCUACAAAGGUAGUUGACGAGCUCAAGGCGUUCUUGCUUGCCGAGCAACAGGCGCAGGAAUGGGAUGUGCUGAACCAGAAGGAAUGGGAGGAUAUGGAGAACUUGAUUGCCGAGGAUCCGGUCGUUGUUGGAGAGAAGCGACGAGGCAAUACGGGCUUAGACGAUGGACGGAGCUAUCUCACUUCGAACAUGGCCAAUGGAAAGUCUGUAGGGUUACGCAAGGGUGAUGCAUCUGAAGGGGAGCAGGCAGGGCGGAAGAAGGGUGUAAGCGGCUACGUUAAGCUCAAGAGUAGGCCCGGGGAUGACGCAUACUAG